AUGGCUGCCGCCGCCGCUCCUCAACAGUGGGUCGCACCGACAGGGGCCACAGCAUAUCCCAAGAUUGGAGUGAUUCUCGGGUGCGCCCCAGACGACGGGGACGUGGAUCUCGCAUACAAGAUUCUAGGCUUACACAGCAGAGACGCCGCCAUACCGGCAAUCCGGCCGCCGGCUCACGAGUUCGUGCACUGGUGCAACCGCUUAAUCGCCAAAAUCUAUGAGGAAAGUCUCGAGUUCCAGCUCGGGUCCGUCGGCCACCGGCGGUUCCUCGAGGCUAGCAGACGGGUCCGGUCAGCCAUCCACACGAUUUCCGGGAUCCGGCGGCCCGGGCACGAAGAUUGGCAGAUAUUUGAGAAUACGUGGAUCAGUCACUGGAAGCCUAAUGGUACUUGUGACGAUGCGCCGGUUGACUUGACGAUUGCCAACUGGGAUCAGAAUGUGCCUACUCCUGCGACGAAGACUAUUUUCGAUGCGACGUAUGGGCCUGAUAGACAAAAAGAGAGGGACGAUCGGGCGCGAGAUCAUCGGAAGAUGGGUAAGACGUGGAUGGCGACGAAAAACAUGGUUCGGGAUGCGCGACAAAAGGAGGCUGAGGAAUGGCAAGAUCUUGUUGCUUGUUAUGGGUUUCAGGCUAGGACGAAUUUUCGAUUUAAGGGCAACGAUCCUGAGUUUCACGAGGUCGAGACGGAUGACGAGAACGAUGAGGGAGAAAAUGAUGAGGAGGAGGAAGAAGAAAGUAGAGAGCAGGAAGAAGACGCAGAAAUGCGGGAUAAGAAUACCGAGGAGCAGGGAGAGGAUGAUGCCGAGCAAGAGGAGAGCAACAAUACGCAAGAAAAGCCUAGAAGUCCAAAGGGGAAAGGUAAAGAUCCGGAGUUAUACGGCGUCAUUCCACAGAAAGAGGGAGACAGUGAGGAGGAGCUCCUCCCAUACACCUUCUUCGCGAGCCCUGUGCCGAAGGGCGAGGAUAGUUUGUGGUAUUCUCUCUCCGUCCUUGUCCACAACCGGUGUGAUCUCGCCAAGACUAUCAAGGGCAGACUGGCCAACUGGUUUCAUUCCCAGCUAUCGGACCCCGCUUCACCCCGUUUCCGGAUGUACUGUCAACUCCUCAUGGACUCGGCUACGAACGUGUCCAAGGACAAAAUCAAGGAAUGGGGCCCUCUAGAUCUCAUACGCUGCCUCAACAGAAACGAGCGGGACGCUGGCCUACCCAAGGAGUCCGCGUACCACGAGAUGCUCUACCUCAUCGCGGACUACUUUGGCACCGAGGUGAUUACCUUUACGCGCCCUGACAAGCCCCGUGAACCGUCAGACCCGGUAACGACGUUUCCUUCCAGCCGCGAGGCCUCUCCAGAGCGAAACGGCCAGCCAGGUCCUUCGGGUACUCAGUCCAAUAAUGAAGCGAUCGCACGAGAGAGAACACCCAGCGAAGAUUCACCCCCACGAGAAGAACCUUAUGCAAACCUUUGGUUGGAGGAAGGAAGACAAGUCUUCGAGAUGAGAGUGUAUGGAAGUAUACCCCGGGAGGGGUAUAUUCUGGACCCCGACAACCAAAAGAGAGAGCAGAUUCUCCUCGUUACUGACUCUAAGCUAAGUUACUUUCAGCCCGUCACGCGAGUAAGUCCCGAACUGCCGUCAGCGGUAAGAGGCGGGCAUUACAUCGGCACGCGACCUUACAAGAUGUGGGAGCGCUGGCCACCGAUGCCGUGGUGGCCGGGGGCUAAGUACCAUGACGGCAGUAAGAAAUGGGUGGGCGCCUGGUCCACGACCGACGGGCGUAGUAGCAUCACCGACGACCAGCAGCUGGAGAUGAAGCCAAUAAGCAUUUGCAGAAACAUCCUGGACCCUGUAACCGGGGCGCAGAUUCGAGGUCGGUAUUUUGAAGCACAGCCACCCCGUAACCUGCAAAACCGGUCAUAUCAUGACAUGUUGCUCACUUACGAAGCUAACACGGACACGGACAGGUAUGGGGUGAUGUGUCCCACCAUAACCGUCAUAAAAACCUGGAGGACCGAGAAUCCCCCAGCUGGCCAGGCGGAUCCGCCGCUUCUUCGGACGCAGUGGAGGGCCCGGACGGGUGGGGCCGAUGGCGUGAAGUAUCGGUCAAAGGGACAUCUUGAGAGCCGGAAGCGUACGCGUGAGGAGUACGCUGCGAACGAGGGUCUUGGGUUUGACGAUGAUUAUGGGUGGUUGAGGAUCGAGGCGACGGAGAAGGAGAGCAGGGUGAGGGUUUGGCAUGAUAAGGCUAAAAGGAGGAAGAUGGGCUGGUAA